GCCCCCUUAUUUAUGCCAGCCAGCUGGCCGGUUGUGCACACAGUAACACACUGCAGCGCUUCUUCUUGUGCGGACAUCGCGACCAAAAAAUAAAAGGUUACACGGCAGCUUAGUUGCCUAGUCUCCAAAAGGACAUCGGCUCUUUUUCUGGGAUUACACAUGUGGAGUUCGCGACUUUCCCCCUCUCUCUUUUUCUCUGUCUGUCUCAGACCCUUCUUUUGUGUGUGCUACCCGGCCGCACGCACUUUCAUACCGGCCCGAGCUCAACCGCUGGGUGAUGCCGAAGGACGAUCUUCCUCCACCUGUCCUAUGCAUUCUCAAAAACGACAGCAUUUCAUAACACUUAAUCAAGGUACACAAUCUAUUUCAUAUUUUAUAAGUACGAGUGCUUUCGACUAUACAUUGUAAAUAACCCACUUUUGAAAAGUGUUACUGUUGUCAACAGUUCCGACAUUCUUGGUG